AUGAAGAAUUUAACCAUAGAUGGGACCACUGGAUCCAUACAUCAUUGGAACCAUCCAGUGGAACCAUACAGUGGAUCCAUACAGCACUGGAUCCAUACAGCAUUGGAUCCAUACAGCAUUGGAUCCAUACAGUGGAUCCAUACAGCACUGGAACCAUACAGCAUUGGAUCCAUACAGCAUUGGAACCAUACAGUGGAUCCAUACAACACUGGAACCAUACGGCACUGGAACCAUACGGCACUGGAACGAUACAGUGGAUCCAUACAGCACUGGAACCAUAGAGUGGAUCCAUACAGCACUGGAAUUAUACAGUGGAUCCAUACAGCACUGGAUCCAUACAGUGGAUCCAUACAGCACUGGAAUUAUACAGUGGAUCCAUACAGCACUGGAUCCAUACAGUGGAUCCAUACAGCACUGGAACCAUACAGUGGAUCCAUACAGCACUGGAAUUAUACAGUGGAUCCAUACAGCACUGGAUCCAUACAGUGGAUCCAUACAGCACUGGAAUUAUACAGUGGAUCCAUACAGCACUGGAUCCAUACAGUGGAUCCAUACAGCACUGGAACCAUACAGUGGAUCCAUACAGCACUGGAACCAUACAGUGGAUCCAUACAGCACUGGAAUUAUACAGUGGAUCCAUACAGCACUGGAUCCAUACAGUGGAUCCAUACAGCAUUGAAUCCAUACAGUGGAUCUAUACAGCACUGGAUCCAUACAACACUGGAACCAUACGGCACUGGAACCAUACAGUGGAUCCAUACAACACUGGAACCAUACAGUGGAUCCAUACAUCACUGGAUCCAUACAGUGGAUCCAUACAACACUGGAUCCAUACAACACUGGAACCAUACGGCACAGAAACCAUACAGUGGAUCCAUACAACACUGGAACCAUACAGUGGAUCCAUACAGCACUGGAUCCAUACAGUGGAUCCAUACAGCAUUGGAUCCAUACAGUAAAAUCCAUACAGCAUUGGAUCCAUACAGUGGAUCCAUACAACACUGGAACCAUACAGCACUGGAACCAUACAGUGGAUCCAUACAGUGUAUCCAUACAGCACUGGAUCCAUACAGUGGAUCCAUACAGCACUGGAACCAUACAGUGGAUCCAUACAGCACUGGAUCCAUACAGUGGAUCCAUACAGCACUGGAAUUAUACAGUGGAUCCAUACAGCACUGGAUCCAUACAGUGGAUCCAUACAGCAUUGGAUCCAUACAGUGGAUCUAUACAGCACUGGAACCAUACAGCACUGGAACCAUACGGCACUGA